AUGAGCAUGGUCUACGACGUUAUCAUCGCCGGCGCUGGGCCCAUUGGACUCUUCCUGGCAUGCGAGCUGGGACUGGCUCAUGUCACUGUGCUGGUCCUAGAGCGCGACGUGAAGGCCGAGUCGCCCUGGAAGUCUAAUCCUCUGGGGCGUCGAGGCCUCAACACCAUUGCGGUAGAGGGCAUUUAUCGGCGUGGUAUGCUGAGCAAGCUGUUCGAUCCCGCAAAGCGACAGUUUCCUAGGGAGAAGAAAGCUGGAUUCCAGUUCGGUGGCCACUUCGCAGGCAUAGCGGUCAACGCCAAUGCCCUCGAAUUAGACCGCUGGAAAUACCUCAUACCCGGACCGGGGUUAUCUCCAGGCCCCGUGACGAUUGAACAACUUGAGACCAUGCUCAGUGAGCGUGCUGAAAGCCUUGGUGUCACCAUCCUCAGAGGGACCAGUGUGACAAAAGUAUCUGAGCAAAGCGAGGAUAGCGUAACGGUCGAGGCUGGAGACGACCAAACUUUCCAUGGCAGGUGGCUUGUGGGAUGCGAUGGCGGACGAAGUGUAGUUCGAAAGACCGCAGGGUUUGAUUUUGCCGGAACUGAAGCCAAGUUCACUGGAUAUGCGGCACAAUGCGAUAUCGAGAAUGUCGAAAAGUUGGCCCAAGGGUUCCACACCACGAAAAGCGGAAUGUAUGUUCGAGCUUGGGCGGAUGCUCUACAUCUGAUGGACUUUGACGGUGCCAGCUUUGAUCGCACGAAGGAGAUAACGAAGGAACAUCUCCAAGACGUUGUGAGACGCGUGACAGGUGUUCCGGACGUUAAGAUCACAAAGAUCCACCUUGCUUCCUCGUUCACUGAUCGAUCUAAGCAAGCGACAACUUACCGCAAAGGCCGAGUCCUCCUGGCCGGUGAUGCCGCGCACAUCCACUCGCCUAUUGGUGCGCAAGGCUUGAAUCUUGGACUCGGCGACGCAAUGAAUCUUGGCUGGAAACUGGCUGCAACCGUUAGACAGGAGUCCGGGGCGGUUGGUUCUCAGCCAGAUCUAACUCUGCUUGACACGUAUGAGAAAGAGCGCCAUCCCAUUGGAGAAAGGAUCCUAGACUGGACACGAGCGCAAGUCUCAACACUGGAGCCCACUCCAUUUGGCGCGGCCAUUCAAGCGCUUGUGCGAGACCUCAUCAAUACUGCCGAUGGAACAAACAUGUUGAUCGAGCGCCUUUGGGGGUUUUCGCUGCGGUACGAUCUCGGAAAUGGAGAUGAGGUCUUCCACCCGCUCGUUGGAUGCAGCGUGCCAGAUUUUGAGCUACAGGAUGGCUCUCGAUUGGGCUCUAAGCUUGAACAAGGAAAAGGAUUACUCGUCGAUUUUGAAGACGAUUCUGACCUCAAAGACAUGGUCGUUGGUGAACCAUAUGCCACUAGAGUGGACUAUGUCGGGGUUGAUGCAAAGGACUGUCGCGAUCUUAGGGCGUUAUUGAUUAGACCUGACGGUGUCGUCGCAUGGGUUACUGAGAAGAACCAAGCUCCUGAUGUGGACGCGGCAAAGGCUGGCCUAAAGCGGUGGUUUGGAUCGUAG